AUGGGACUCGGCAAGCUCAGCAAGCGCUGCUUCAGCGGUGUCUCCGGGGAAGGGGAAGAUCGCCGGCCCACCUGCCCGGCAAGAGGAGCCGCUUCCUCCGACCGACUUUCUCCCGGAGAGGUAGCCGCUGUGACCCAGGUCUCUCUUGCCCGCCGAGCUGCUCUGCAGACGCGGGAGAAGGUGGCGGGCGCCUUUUCGGUGCCAGCUGCCAAGCAUGGCGCACGCUUGUUUCAGGAAAAACCCCGUAAUCUGCAGAAUAACAUCCACACUUCUCUGGAGAAAAAGAAGAAGAGGUCGGGCCCGCCAGGAAGCGGCCGAGGGAGCCCCGUAGAUGACAAAACUCUGCAAGACCCCCAGGGAACAGUCUACAUCUUCAGAUCCAAGGGCAACAGCUGGCCGGUGACCUACAGGUUUUCUCUCAACUCCACCGUGCCGUCUCCAUGGCAGACCGUGCCCGCAAAAGGUGGAGAAGUGCCCUCCUUCCAGGUGUAUAAAGUUCCUUACGGUAACUUCACCAAGAGGCUGACCGCUUGUAUGUCCACAGUAGGGCAUGUCCAACCAGGGGCCAGCAAGAAGUGGAUGGUGACCAGCUUAUCAUGCGACACGAAGAGAGGGUGGAAAUCCGACUUCAGCUUCUAUGUGGCCACCCAGGAGCAACAGCACACACGGAAGCUGUAUUUCGCCCAGUCACACAAGCCUCCGUACCACAGCCGAGUCUGCCUGGCACCCCCGGGCUGCCUCCUCAGCUCCAGCCCAGACGGACCCAACAAAGGAUACCUGUUCGUGCCAAGUGAGAGAGCCUCUUCCAGAUCCAGGUUCUCCAUCACGUCAGGAUUCAACCCUUGCCGGAACGGCAACUGCGGGAAGCCUGCCGUGCGUCCGCUGGUGGACACGGGCGCCAUGGUUUUCGUGGUGUUUGGGAUCCUUGGGGUCAACCGUACCCGGCACACCGACAACCACGUCAUUGGAGACAUGGGUAGCGUCAUCUAUGACAGCAGCUUCGACCUGUUCAAAGAAAUUGGCAACCUGUGCCGGAUCUGUAAGGCCAUCGCCAGCAACGCCGAGCUGGUCAAGCCAGGAGGAGCUCAGUGCCUCCCUUCAGGUUACAGUGUCUCCUCUGUCCUUCAGAUGCUACACCCAGAGUGUAAGAACCUCCCUGAGCCCAAUCUGCUUCCCGGACAACUCUCCCAUGGGACGGUGGGGGUGAAGGACGGCAAGGUCCAGUGGAUCUCCAUGGCCUUUGAGUCGACCACCUACAAGGGGAAAUCGUCCUUCCAGACCUAUUCCGAUUAUCACAAAUGGGAAACCUUCCUUCAGGAUUUGCUCCGGCAGUUUCCGGAAGGCUCCCCGCUACGCCGAGGUUUCCAGACCUGCGAACAUUGGAAGCAGAUCUUCAUGGAAAUCAUAGGUGUGCAAAGUGCCCUUUUCGGCCUCGUCCUUUCCCUGGUGAUCUGCAUUGCCGCUGUUGCCCUCUUCACCACCCACCUUCUCCUCCUGCUUCCCGUCUUGCUCACCAUUUUAGGCGUGGUCUGUCUGGUGGUGACUGUCAUGUACUGGUUGGGCUGGGAGAUUGGGGCCGUGGAAGCCGUCUCGCUCUCCAUCCUGGUGGGCUCCUCGGUGGACUACUGCGUGCAUCUGGUGGAGGGCUUUCUUCUGGCUGGGAAGAGCCUCCCUCCUCACCUGGCAGAGGAUCCCAGCUCCAGCCGCCAGUGGAGGACAGUGGAGUCGGUGCGGCACGUGGGCGUGGCGGUUGUCUCCAGCGCCGUCACCACCGUCAUCGCCACCGUUCCUCUCUUCUUCUGCAUCAUAGCGCCCUUUGCCAAGUUUGGGAAGAUCGUGGCCCUCAACACGGGCCUCUCCAUCCUCUACACCCUGACGGUCAGCACAGCCCUGCUGAGCAUCAUGGGGCCGCCUUCGUUCACCCGCAGCCGGACUUCCUUCUUCAAGGCGCUGCUGGGGGUGCUGCUGGCCGGGGCGGGAGGCCUCGGCCUUUAUCUGGUGCUGCUGAGAAGCGGAUUGGAGAUGCCCCUCCUCAGCGGGGCCGGCUUGUAG